GAUAGUAAAUUAAUUUAAUCUUAAUUUUAUGUAUUAUUCUUAUGAUGUAUAUUUGCCAAACAACUUCAGGUCCGUCAAUUCGCGGACGAUAAAGUAGAACGCUGUACCGAUUUAUUAAAUUUAGGUUAGAAUCUUUGUUUAUGUUAUAUUUCUAAAUCGUCUUUUUAAAACAUUUCGAUGUCAAUUAGAAUGCCAUAUUUAUGCGCAGUAAAGAACUGCAAAAGCGCAAAUUAUAAAGAUUGUAACGUAUCGUUUUUUUCGUUCCCCUCCGAUCCGGUUAUAAGGGCAAAAUGGAUAAAAAUAGUCCCAUUUAAAACAUCUUUCACCCCAACAAAACGAGUGUGUUCGAAACAUUUCAAUAAAUCCGACUUCAUUGUUGGAACAUGCAUCAAGCGAUUAAAAAAAACAGCGGUACCGAGUGUUUUUUCAUCAAGUAUUAAAGAAGAAAAACCUUUAUUUGUGUCUUAUAAUGAAAAUUUAAAUGAAGUUGUGUGGAUUGACGACGAUUUGGAAGAUUAUGAUCAAUUAAAAGAACAAAUAUCAAUGAUACAAGAUCCCCUUGCGGAGGAAACUUUAAUAAACAUCAAAAAUACCUCAAAUGAUGAUUAUGAUACAUUAAAAGAUGAGAAUAACCAAUUAAAAAGUAAAAUAAAAAUGUUAGAGGACGAAGUGAUGCAUCUCAAAAAUGAGGUUAAACACUUGAAGAAAUUAAAUAGAAAUACGCACAAAUUUACUUGGUAAUUUUUGUAAAAAUAUUAAUAAAGAAUUAAA